AUGGCUAGACCCUGGAGAGCACUUCAAAAGUUGGAGUUAGUGUAUGGUGAGACAGAGAGUGUGGUAGCAGAAUUUGGACUCAAAGUGGUUGGGUUCCCAAAGAUUAUAAAUAAGCAGGGUGCCUGGUGGCUAGUUGGCUUAGAGACAUGCAGAUCAAUAUUUGAGCCCAAUGGACUUGGUGACAUUGUCCUGUUAGAAUUUAAAGAGAAAAGUGGUUUAUUAAUAUGGGCCGCUAUGACAGACACGAUCUUUGAAGUAUCAACGCGGUAUGAAGUAUAA